AAAACCCUUUGUAUUUUCAUACUCUGCUUUUGCUUGCCACAGAAACAAAGAGAAAAGUCAGUUUUUGGACUUUUUAUUCUAAAAAAAAUAUUAUUUUCUCUGAUCCCACAACCCCACCCUCAUGGGAUUCUGGGGUUUGUUCUUUUAUUAAUUUGUUUCCUUCUUUUGGGCCAAGGGGGACUCUGUCCAUUAUUUCAAGCAUUUUAUCUAUUUACAUUUUGACUUUUCAUUGAUUGUUCACACAUUGAUAUAAAAAGGAGCUGCAGUUUGGCAUAUCAAACUAACCUGCAUCUUUCUUGAACUCUUCUUCCUUAGGUGAACCUCUGUUUGAAUUGAUAAUUGAUACAAAAUGGCCAUCAAGACACUUGGUCUAGUUAAAGGUUGUCUUCCAGAGGAAUUAAAGAAGGUACUUUUAUCUGUAGCUUCUGAAUGGGGGGAUGUAGUGGAUGAUUUGAAUGCCUUGCAGGUCACCCCAUUGAAGGGGGCCAUGACUAAUGAGGUGUAUCAAAUAAGUUGGCCUACGAGGAACGGUGGUGACCUUUUCCGGAAAGUUCUGGUUCGGGUUUAUGGUGAAGGAGUUGAAGUGUUUUUUAAUCGGGAGGAUGAAGUUCAGACGUUUGAGUGCAUGUCCAAGCAUGGCCAGGGGCCGCGUCUUCUUGGGCGAUUUGCAGAGGGACGGGUUGAGGAGUUCAUUCACGCUAGAACGCUAUCAGCUGCUGACCUUCGUGAUCCCGAAACAUCUGCUAUUAUAGCAGCUAAGCUGAGAGAGUUCCACAAUUUGGAUAUGCCUGGUCCAAGAAAUGUAGUCCUUUGGGAUAGAAUGAGGAACUGGCUCAAUGAGGCAAAAAACUUGUGUUCGAUAAAAGACAUACAGGAAUUCGGCUUGGAUACUUUGGAAGAGGAAAUUAGUAUGUUAGAGAAAGAACUGUCACAGGACAAUCAAGAAAUUGGGUUCUGUCACAAUGACCUGCAGUACGGGAACAUAAUGAUGGAUGAAGAGACCAGAUUAAUCACUCUAAUUGAUUAUGAAUAUGCCAGUUACAAUCCUGUCGCUUAUGACCUUGCAAAUCAUUUCUGUGAAAUGGUAGCAAACUACCACUCUGAGACACCUCACGUUUUGGACUACAGGAAUUAUCCAGGUCUGGAGGAGCGCCAGAGAUUUGUCCGUGCGUAUCUGAGCUCUGCAGGUUGCGAACCCAGUGAUGCUGAGGUCGAGCAGCUAGUUGAAAUAACAGAGAAGUACACUUUGGCCAACCAUCUCUUUUGGGGCUUAUGGGGAAUAAUUUCGGGUCAUGUGAACAAAAUUGAUUUUGACUACACGGAGUAUGCGAGGCAGAGGUUUCAGCAGUACUGGUUGAGGAAGCCGGCAUUGUUGGGUUCUUCAGGUGAUUCCCUGUAAUUACACAACCAACAAGGAUUUUAUAGUAUGCUGAAGACCAUCUCCUUCGUGCUUAGUGAUGUUACUUCAUAAAUAUUAUCGUAAGUGUGAAAUAGUUAUACAAAUAAAGACGUGUGAGAGUUUUGUACCAAAAACAGAAAAGAAAAGGCGUGUGAGAAAUAAAUAUGAAAUGUAGCUGUAAAUGGCAUUGACGACCGACGGUUUCUUCUUCGUUUGUUAAGUUCUUGUACAAGUACUUAUUAACUAAGAGUUGUUUGAGUGCCCUUA